AUGCCUAAAAGAGUUACUAAAUUACCCCUACCUGCAGAAAGGCGAAUAUUACGAUCUUCAAAAUCAAAUACUAUACAGAUCACUCAGCCCAUUAAAAAAAAUAAAAGAGCGUUGGAUGCAUUGGACAAGAAAUUAUCGCAAAUUUCAACCAAUAAGAAAAAUGGAUCCCCAACACCAGGUAACACCGUUCCUUGGUUAUUAAAUACUAAACAAUAUACGAUGGAUACGAAUACAUCGGAUGUACAAGGUAAAUCACCAAUUUUGCCUGUUGGAUUACACAUUCCAAUACGAUCGGAAAAUGAGACAUCUCCAACUCCAAAAAGACGUAAGAGAUCGAUCAGAACUGAUAAUAAUAUAAUUAAUAAUAAUAAAACUAUUAAAAAUAGGAAGGUACCAUUGUCUAAACAAUCAGACAUUUCUGAUGAAGUUUCAUCAAUUGGAUUGUCAGUAGGUGAUAUAAUGGAAUCUGAUCUUAUUCAAUCUUCGCCAAUUCGAAAAUCUGUUGCAUUCUCAAAUAAUAUUGAAGAGCUAGAUACCAUACUAGAUAAAAUAAAAUCAUCACCUAUUCAAAGUUCUUCAAAAAAACCUAAUAAAUCAAUUCUAAGAAAUAAAAAUGAUAAACAAAUAACAAAUACUCUAUUAAUUCCUGAUCUGCAAAACGAUGGAACUCCUGAGAAAACAUUAUUUGUUCAGGGACGUAUUUUAGCACAUGGUGAAUAUUGGUCUAGUGGAGAAGUACAUCAACUCACUAAUAAAGAUAGUAUUAUAGAAUUUAAAAAUAUAAUAAACAGUGGUUUGAUAAAGUUGGAAAAUGAUGUUGGAAAGAAAUUUGAAAUUUAUGCCACAUUUAAUAAUAUAUUGCCGGACAAUAAUAAAUAUGCUAUAGGUAGUAACAAUACACUUCAUAGUAAUACUGACCUACUCAAACUAAACUUUAUCAGAAGUGUUCUCCCAAAGAUUAUUGAUGUAUCCAUCAGUGAUCUAGUAGAUUUACAACCGGAAAUAAUUACGGUUUCUGAAAAUAAAGAUGCUUUUAGUAUAAGAACUUAUAUUCAAAUUGUUAAAGUUCUUAGUUUUAUUCUUUCAAAUGCAAUAUUAGUACACUCCUUACCAAAUAACCCACAUAUUUUGGAAAGAAUUAGCCUCGUCUAUAAAGCGUCUAUUGAGGCCUUGGAAAAUCAACAGUGCUCCAAACAACUUAUUAUUGCAUACAUAAAUUUUUUAAAAGAUGAACUCUUUGGGGAAAAGCAUUUAGGUCCAAAACAAACAGAACAUAUUGUUGGUGUCAUAGUAAAAAUACGAGAACUGAAAAGUAUGAGUUUAGUUGUGGAGAAAUUGAGCUUAAUUAAAUGUCUGUUAAGGAAAUAUAGGUAUGCCAUGUUAAAGGAUAUUAUGGUAUGGUUGCCUGGUGAAGUAAUUCCACGUCUGCUUCUUCAUAACAUAGAACAUGGAUGGACAAUAACGGAUUGUGCUAUAUCUAUCUUGUUGGACUUGUUAAACGUAUAUCGUGAACUAAAUUUUAACCACACUCAAGUAUAUUUGUGCAUUGAACUGAAAGAUAUAUCUAUGGUUGUCCCAAAGAAAUUUAUUGAACCGUUACAAGCCUUAAUGAAAGUACCUGCCGGUCAGAAUCUUACUUUGGGAGCAAUUCUAAGAAAUCAUAUUAACAUCCUAUCAACUCAUGGAAACUUCAAAGUGGCGAAUGACAUAUGGUUAGCUACUGUUGGUUUAUUAUAUAACAGAGAUAAUGUAGGUUAUUUGUUAGACCCAUUGAAUAAAGUUGCUAGUGAGUGGAUUGAUUUAAAUAGAAAAUGUUUCAAAAAUUCAGAUUCGGUCAAUAGAUUACAUGCUCUCAAAGUAUGGCGCGUAAUAAUACACAGCAUUUAUUCGAGAUUAUGGUAUGAUACUGUUUCUCAUAAAGAAAUAAAAUCCAUAAACAAAUUACUUCAAGUACCGUUUGAUAUGGCACUGACAACCCAAUUAGAUAAAUCAUCGACACAAGGUUUAUUAUUUUUGUUGAAUAUGAUGUCGUUUGCUACUUCAAGAUUGUCGUAUAAUUUAAAAUUUAGCAAGGGUACCCAUUUUUCCAAAUGGUUCAAGACGCUACAAGAAAUUUAUUUGAAAUUAUUCAACUCUUCGAAUAAGCGUUUGUGCAUUGCUGUUGUAAAAUCAAUGUUCAGGUUAUUUGAUAUGGAUUGUAAACUAGAUCGUGCGAUAAACACAUCAUGUAACGAUAAAGACUCUGAUCUAUCCGGUUCUGAGAUGAUGUUAACGAUAUCUGGUAUUUCAUUAUCAGAUAUUUCUUGUAUUGAUACGCCAUGCUCGCAAGAUAUUAUUUAUGAGUUUUCCAAUUCAUUAAAAGAAAAUGUUGAACGACUAAUUAAAUUUUCUGAUACAAAUGAUAAUGAAAAUGACUCUGUUGAUUUCCCUAUGAUACUCUUCGAUAUUUCAUUAUUUCGUGAGCUAUCUCAAAUUUUAAUAACAUACUAUUCACAAAAUGCAGAUUCAUUGCUGAACCCAUUGGAUUUUAUCUUUCUUCCAACUGCCUUAGUUUCCAUUUUUUCUGAUGUUUUAUUCUAUGACACCUCGUCAGAUUAUCUCACAAUUUUUUUGUUACAACUAGAACACGUUUACCCUUUCGAUAGAAAAAACCUCAUAUUGGAGCUACUCUUCAAAGAGAUGUUUAAGACAUUUUCAACAAGCAAAAAUGUUUAUUUGGUGAUACAUGCAUUCUUAAACAUUGAGAAUGAUAGUUUACAAAGUUAUAUUCACCAAAUCCUGGGACGAUUAUCACCAACGUCAGAAUUGACCUUAACCCAAGUAUAUAUGAUUCUAAAGAUCAUGGCGAUGUUUCCUAACUCCCAGUUACUUGAGAAAUUUUAUUUCAUUAUAUUUGAAGAACGGUACGAUUUAUUAGUAGGGAAUUACAAUUUUUUAAAUAUUUUACGAAUGGAAAGUUGGAGUUUGAAUCAAAUUAUUAAAUUUACUAUGAAUUACUACGUCCAUAAAGGAAUGGGACUGAAUAGCUAUAUAUUUAAUAUAUUGCAAGACUUGAUUAAGAGAGAAUCAAAUAUUUUUUAUUACAUUGCACCAAUCAUGGAAAAGAACGGAGAUAUGAGUAAAAUAAAAAUAUUGGUCAAUGAUAAUCCUCAAUUGAUUAAUAACUCUCUAUUCUUUGAAAUGCCAUUUUUUACGGAAGUUCUUUCCAAAGGUCUUGAAAAGAAACUUAUCAAGAACCUUCAUAGUUAUCCUAAAUUGAAACAAAUAAAUCUAAUGAAAAAGUUCAUAAUCAAAAUUCCACAGAUAUUCCUUAGUAGAGGUAGUCCUACAAUUCUCGAUUUUGUUAAAUUCAGCGGUCCUUUAUCAGGAGAACGAAAAAGUCUGGCAAUAGAAAUAUUAAAAGCAUGUUAUAAAUAUCAGAUGCUCCCUCUUGCCAACAAUGUCAUGUAUAUUUUACUUUCGAAUGAUAAUGUUACUGUUGUAGAAGAUUUUCUUUCUGGAAAUAAUGUUUUUAAUCACAAAAUAUUAGAAGAUAAAAUAUUAGUUAAACUGGCAUCUAAGUCUUAUAGGUUUAAGAAAGAUCUAUUGGCAGUUAUUAAAAAUGAAUUCAGAAUCAGAACGGAUACACCAUUACUGUUAUUAUUGUAUUUCAUUAUUGAGGAAAAUGAUAAGCUUCUAAUUAUGUCUUGUAUCAAGGAAAUAUUUUUAUCCUUUAUAGAUGCCCCAACCAGAUUAAUUUCAGUAGACAAGCAAAUGAUUGAAGAUAUAUUCCAUAAGGUGGUUGAACUUGUUUUGUUCAACGAUGACGAUUCCGCAGUUAUUAAUUUUAUCAAUCUAUAUUUAGAUAUGUUACCAAAAGAACCAGCCGCCCAAGUUAUUGAAGGUGUACAAUAUUUCUUAUCAAAAUUAUCCGAUAGAAAAGCAAAAUAUGGAAGAGAUGUUGAAAUUGAACGAAUGGAUGAUAUUUUAGUCUUUUAUAAGUCGAAUAUUAGGAUACCAGCUAAUGAUAAUGGAAUAGUAUCGGACGUCAGUUCGACUCUAACUCUAAAGGGUCUAAAUAAUUCACCUAAAGCAAAAUCUUCAAACCUCGCGCAGGAUGUGUCUCAUACGGAGUCCGGUAUUGAUAUUCCAAGAGGUUAUUCAACUGAGACAAUAGCACAACACAAACCAGAUAUAAUGAAGGUGACUUCUUCUGAUGCAGGGUCAUCUCUACCAGAGUUUGUAGAAGGUGUCGAAGUGAAACGUAUUGCCACAACAGGAAUCAAUUUAUGUGAUAACAACCCUUCAAUGUUACUAGACAUUGACUUAAACAGUCUUGAAAAUAAUAAAAAUCUUUCCCAAGUUAAUUUGGCAAAGAGCACCCAACUUUCUCAGAAGAGAAAGGAGAACAUUGUUUGCAGUGAAAAUGAACCAAUAUUUGAUACGAAAAGCCAGGAAAAUAUUAUUCAAGUUAAAGAAACCGCUAUACUAAAUACGCCCGACAUUUUAUUGAAACCGAACAUCAAUAGGACUUUAGAGAAUAUAUAUAAUGUUCCAAACGUUCAGCCAGAUAAUUUUAGAGUGGUAAAUGGAUAUUUAGAACGUACUACUCAUGCCAUUACUGAAGGGUGGGAAGAAGGAAGGGUUACAAAUACUCAAAUAGUUGGUAAAAUUAAAGGUAACGACAUCAAUGAUGAAAAGUUUGAUGACAGUAAUAAGAAUGAUAAUAAGAAUAUUAAUAUUACUCAAGUACAAAUUGAAAAAAAGGACGGAAGUUCUAUUGGUGAGUUUGGGAGUAAAGUUGCUAUAGAAUCUGUUACCUCGAUAACUGGGGACAAUGAGAAAAGCCCUACCACAUCUGGUAAAGGGUAUCACGAAAACGUUAGUAAAUAUGAGGCCUGUUUCACUGCUAAACAUGACAACUCGCAUAUAAUUAUAUCACCAGAUGUUGUGACCAAUAUUGCUGGUGAUGGGAAGAUUGAUGGCUGCAAUGCUAAUCUUGAUAAUACAAAAUCAGAUCUUGUAGAAAAAGUGAACAUAUCAACAAAAGGAGUAUCUAAACCUUCAAUGGCAAUAGGGUGUUCAAAAAGAAUAGAUAAUUUAAGUGAAGACUUUGAACCGGUGAUUCCAGAUGGAGAUGACAAUUUUUUGAAGGAAAUGGAAACCUUAAGUGUUCUGCUUAAUCAGCCAACCUCAACUGGUUCUGUGAAGGAGGUGAAAAUUGAAAAUAUCAAAAAAUCCCCAAGUUUUAAACAGCAGGUAGAAAAAUCAAAAAAUUAUGAUGGUGAUGUGGAAUAUUCAUAUGAAAACAAUGCUGUACUAAAUACAACGACAAAGCUAAUUCCGUCUAAAGAUAAGCAAAUUUGUUCUGCGGAGGGAGUAGAAUAUUCUGAUAAAGAACCAAAAGGCAUCAAAAUUCCUAUUUUUAAUUCAAGAAGGAUGAAUACUAUGAAUACACAAUCAGCUAAAGUAAGUCCGAGAAAGAAAAGUCUACGUUAUGCUAAUAAAAGUACAGUUAUAAACGUUAAUAUACCGAAAACGUUUAGAAGAUCUGUUAGUCCAAAGCCUAUCAUUAGGCACCCAACAAUGACAGACUCAUUUGGUUACGAUUUAAUAAUGUCAGAUCACUCUCAUCAAGGAAACUCUAGGAGUUCCCCGUUCACAUCUUUACAAGAUGAUUUCUCAUCCAAGAAGGCUCGUAGAUUGGUGAACAAAAUGAGAUCGAUUUCUUCUACAGAUCUAGCAACUUUAUCCCCAAAUGAAAGAAGAAAUAUGAGGGUUGAAAUGUUAGAUUUUUUAAUGAAAUUAGAACACCAAAGUUUGAGCGAUCCUUAG